GCUUUUUUCGAAUGCUUUGCGUGAAAUCAUAAAACCCAACAAGAAACGAGAGAGAGAGGGGGCAAAAACUGCAACUUUAUCUCUAUCACCGGCGAAAGAUCAGAAGACGACGACGGUGAGAGAGAGAGAGAGAUGGGUCUGCUCUCCAACAGGAUCGAUAAGGCGAGUCUGAAACCUGGGGAUCACAUCUACUCGUGGAGGACUGCUUACAUCUAUGCCCAUCACGGCAUCUACGUUGGAGACAACACGGUCAUUCAUUUCACCAGACGUGGCCAAGAAGUCGGCACGGGAACAGUGCUCGAUCUCCUGCUGGUAAGCUCGGGUCCUGCUCGAAACCGAGCACACUGCCUAACAUGCACCCCGCCAAACGAGGGCCACGGGGUCGUCUCCUCGUGCCUCGACUGCUUCCUGGCCGGCGGUAUCUUGUAUCGUUUCGAGUACUCUGUCACCCCGGCUCUCUUCCUCGCCAAGGCCCGAGGGGGAACCUGCACUCUCGCCGUCUCAGACCCGGAUGACAUAGUCGUCCACCGAGCCAAAUACCUCCUCGAAAACGGGUUCGGGUGCUACAACGUUUUCAAGAACAACUGCGAGGAUUUCGCCAUUUACUGCAAGACGGGUCUGGUCGUUCUGGAACAAGGUACGAUGGGUCAGAGCGGUCAGGCCGUGUCGAUAAUCGGCGGGCCGUUAGCUGCGGUGCUAUCCACGCCGAUGCGGCUGGUGACGACGAACGUUUACGGGAUGGCGGCCACGGCUGUCGGGGUGUAUUGCGUGAGCAGAUACGCAGCAGAUAUCGGGAUGAGAAGAGAUGUGGCGAAGAUCGAAGUGGAAGAUCUUACGGGAAGGCUUUCGAGAGGGCUGCUUCAAGUGAUCGAGCCUCCUCAGAUGACAGAAAUCCCGAGUAGAUAAUGUAAGUCCCACUUAAAGCUUGUCCCUGUCUUCUGUCUUCUGGUGUCUUUAUCUUCAUAUGUAUACGUCACUUGUACGGAGGCUGUUUCAUGGCUUUGGAAUUUUACUCAUAAUGUAAGUCCAAGCCCAUCACAAUUUGGGUAUUUGCAAGAAUAAUGGACCUACAAUACACGGCAUAUGUACAUAUGAUAUUAUGAAUA